AUGUCUGAAUACCAGUUCCUACAAGAUGCGACCCUAGACACAGUCGUUCCUCACGCUUCAAAUCUGAAUAUAGAAGAGCUACUGGGGCUAAUACAAGAAAGCUCUGGGGACCCAGGCACAUAUCUGUCAAAAAUUCAACAACGACAGCUACUGUUUUUCGAUGAACAAAUUACACUCUACUUGGUACUUUGUCUAUCAGAUUUCCCCAAGGACAGUCUAGAGGCUUGCAUAUCAAAUCUCAGUGUGCGUUUCGAGGUCUUCGCUAUUGAUGAAGGAAGCUCGGGCGAGCCAGAUGAAGAGGAGCCAAGCUCAAAAGACCUAAUAUAUUCCCAUACUGUGGACAAGAAAGAUGAUCCAUUCGUCAUUGUCGAUGAAACCGUUGAGGAUGGAGGGAAUGGAAACAAUGCAUAUGUGAUCUGGAAAACAGAGGCAUUCCUAUACCGUCCUCGAGUGCGCCUACGACAUCCAUCCGUCGUUUUCACAGCGUCUGCAAACUUUAGCCCCCAGGACUCACAUACAUCGUCCAGCAAUGACCAAUAUUUGCCUCGGCUGACGCCUGCUUCUACCAACAUAUUUCAAUCUUUGACCGCUGCUGGGGAGGAUUUGGAUCCAUAUCUUCCUGCGUCUCGAAUAUUACGGCUUGUUCCGUCCACGCAGCCUGAAGGGUCAAUGUACAACAUACAGCAGACGUCGUAUCAUCCCAUUCGCAUUAUCCCAGCUGCUAGUGCUAGGAUCAGAUAUUCUCGCUCAGCCACCGUUCUGAAAAAACUAUCAACAACUGCUAGCCUUGACUUUGAAGCAACUCCAUUUACCAGCUAUGAAGUUAUCUUGGAGGAAGCUGACUUAUCCCUAGCUAAUGGAACUGUCGAACCCCUGGCUCAAGUCAUUGGGUUCUCACCCCCUAUCAGCUGCCCGGCUCGGGAUGAUAUAUCGCUGGUCUACAAACUUAUAUCCUCAGAGGUUGCGGAUGGCGCACCAGUAACAUCUAUGCUUGACAUCUCGCUCAAAGUUUCUGUGCUAGUCUCGGACGAAUGUCGUCCAAAGAUCUCGAUGCGCUGGAGGACAAGCGUUGAUUUCUCCAGGCCUACAAACCAGUCACUGGGAGGUGUUAGUAACAUGUUGCGACGAAGUAUCAUGUCUCGUGGGAGCGACCUGUCAACACAAGCACCGUCUACGCCGCAGGUGGCCUCUUUUGCUCCUACAGAUCAUGGAGUUAAGAUAUCAUUCUUCGGUCCUGCCAGCGUUGAAGUUGGCAAGCCAUUUGACUGGGACGUUUUUAUCGUGAACACAUCCACAAAUGCAAGGAAAUUCGGGCUUGCUGCUGUCCCGUUUCGAAGGCGCUCAGACAUGCGUGCACAUGUUCCCCGACCAUCCUCGACGUCCUCCAUAAAGAUGGCGGAUGAAGUUGCAGAAGCUGUAGUGGAUGAAAACAUCGUCUACGCAAUGCAGCAAAAUGUGGCUCCUCAUGAAACUGAUCUUAUAUGCCUCAGCACUGACUCCAGGAUAGGACCUCUCCACCCCGGCACAUGCCAUUCUACAAGACUAAGAUUCCUCCCGCUGUCCCCAGGGCUCCUACACCUAGAUGUCGUGAAAGUCAUCGACCUGGCGUCAAAUGAAACUAUGGAAAUCCGGGAUUUACCAGACAUAGUAGCGUACGCAAAGGCCGAUCUUUAA